GAUUGGAGCUGCCGCACCCGGGUGGUGGGCACUGAGAUCCCAGCCCAGAGUCUGGGAGGUGCUGUCGUAGCUCAGAGGUGAAACUAUGUAGCCUCUUAAGAAGCUCACUUGGACCCCCCUGAAGUCCAUAUGGCUCUAUAUGACGAAGAUCUCCUGAAGAACCCUUUCUACCUGGCCCUUCAGAAGUGGCGGCCUGACCUGUACAGCAAGGUGGCCCAGAUCCACGGCAUUGUCUUGGUGCCCUGUAGAGGAAGCCUGCCCAGCAGCGUUCAGUCCUCUUACCAGUUCGAGUCCUACGUUUUGGUGCCCACCAAAGGACACUUUCAGACCUUAGAUGGAAAGGAUGUCCUCAUUGAAGGAAACAGGAUUAAGCUAGGAGCUGGUUUUGCUUGUCUUCUCUCUGUGCCCAUCCUCUUUGAAGAGACUUUCUACAAUGAAAAAGAAGAGAGCUUCAGCAUUCUCUGCAUCGCGCAUCCUUUGGAGAAGAGAGAGACUUCAGAAGAAUCUUCAGCGCCCUCAGAUCAUUUUCCCCUGAAAACUAUUGAAGAUGUGAGAGAAUUUUUGGGAAGACACUCAGAGAGAUUUGACAAGAACAUCGCCUCUUUCCAGCGGGCAUUCAGAGAGUGUGAAAGAAAAAGUCUCCGUCACCACAUAGACUCCGUAAAUGCUCUCUACACCAAAUGCCUCCAGCAUCUUCUCCGAGACUCUCACCUGAAGGUUCUUGCAAAGCAGGAGGCCCAGAUGAACCUGAUGAAGCAGGCAGUAGAGAUAUACAUCCACCAUGAUAUUUACGACCUGAUCUUUAAGUAUGUGGGGACCAUGGAGGCGAGUGAGGAUGCUGCCUUUAACAAAAUCACAAGAAGCCUUCAAGAUCUUCAGCAGAAAGACAUUGGUGUGAAACCUGAGUUUAGCUUCAACAUCCCUCGUGCAAAGAGAGAGCUGGGCCAGCUGAACAAGUGCACGUCCCCACAGCAGAAGCUGCUGUGCCUGCAGAAGGUGGUGCAGCUCAUGACACAGUCUCCCAGCCAAAGAGUGAAUUUGGAGACCAUGUGUGCCGAUGAUCUUCUCUCUGUCCUGUUGUAUCUGCUUGUGAAAACAGAGAUCCCUAACUGGAUGGCAAAUUUGAGUUACAUCAAAAACUUCAGAUUUAGCAGCUCGGCCAAAGAUGAGCUGGGCUACUGCCUGACCUCGGUUGAGGCUGCGAUUGAAUACAUCCGGCAAGGAAGUCUCUCUGCAAAGCCGCCUGUAAGAUCUCCCUGCUGACCUGCCCCCACCUCUGUGGCCAUGGGGGGAACCUUUGACAGAGCGUUACAGAUAGCUGGGGUUGAGGGGAUGGAUGGGGGUUCUUUCAUGGUCUUCCAAGACUGGAGCCUCUAACUGUCUAACAGUUAUGAAGCUCGAGAACCACUCAAGAAACUGGUCAUUAAGCCCCUAAUUGAUUGUGAGAGCUGCUGUGUUAACAGUGGGAUUUACACUGUCCAUAUCCCGCUUCAUUAACCCUGUCAUCUAAAGAAGCGGUGUGGGAAAGGAAGCCAGAUAUGGUGAGUCUGGAUAUCCUGGGGGUGAUAGGCAAGAAAUGAUAAUUGAUUUGUGCAAUUUGAGGACUCAGUGGCCUUACUAUUGCUUCCUUGGUUGGUUGGUAAGCUUUGGUGAGAAAGAGAGAGGAGGGGAGGUUGUUCCUAUGUAAAUUUUGAGAGUCUUAAGCCAAGAUUUCACCACUCACUGGCCUGUUUUACUACACAGUGAAAGAUAAAUGGUAAAACUUAGGAAAAUCUUCACCCUGAAGUCAAUAAAAUGAAAAGUUGAGCAGGUAUGGUGGUG